GCCGGGAGCGCGAUGGUCAGCCGCCGCGGGGCGGCAAGAUGCUGGAUGGGUCCCUGCUGGCGCGCUGGCUGGCCGUGGCCUUCGGGUUAACGCUGCUGCUCACCGCGCUGCGCCCUUCGUCUGCCUACUUCGGACUGACAGGCAGUGAGCCCCUGACCAUCCUCCCUCUGACCUUGGAGCCAGAAACAGCUGCCCAGGCACACUAUAAGGCUUGUGACCGGCUGAAGCUGGAGCGAAAGCAGCGUCGCAUGUGCCGCCGGGAUCCGGGCGUGGCCGAGACACUGGUGGAGGCUGUGAGCAUGAGUGCACUUGAGUGCCAGUACCAGUUCCGCUUUGAGCGUUGGAACUGCACCCUGGAAGGCCGUUACCGCGCUAGCCUGCUCAAGCGAGGCUUCAAGGAGACUGCCUUUCUCUACGCCAUCUCCUCUGCUGGCCUGACACACGCCCUAGCCAAAGCGUGUAGUGCUGGACGCAUGGAACGCUGCACAUGCGACGAGGCCCCCGACCUGGAAAACAGGGAAGCCUGGCAGUGGGGUGGCUGCGGAGACAACCUCAAGUACAGCAGCAAGUUUGUCAAAGAGUUCUUGGGCAGACGGUCAAGCAAGGAUCUGCGAGCCCGGGUGGACUUUCACAACAACCUCGUGGGUGUGAAGGUGAUCAAGGCUGGGGUGGAGACCACCUGCAAGUGUCAUGGUGUGUCUGGCUCAUGCACAGUGCGGACCUGCUGGCGGCAGCUAGCACCCUUCCAUGAAGUGGGGAAGCAUUUGAAACAUAAGUACGAGACUGCACUAAAGGUGGGCAGCACCACCAACGAAGCCACUGGGGAGGCCAGUGCCAUCUCUCCACCCCGGGGUCGAGCCUCAGGGACAGGUAGCGGUGAUCCAUUGCCCCGCACACCAGAGCUUGUGCACCUGGACGACUCCCCCAGCUUCUGUCUGGCUGGCCGCUUCUCCCCAGGUACUGCUGGCCGCAGGUGCCACCGCGAGAAGAACUGUGAGAGUAUUUGCUGUGGCCGAGGCCACAACACACAGAGCCGAGUAGUGACAAGACCCUGCCAGUGCCAGGUACGCUGGUGCUGCUACGUGGAGUGCAGGCAAUGCACACAGCGAGAAGAGGUCUACACCUGCAAGGGCUGAACCUCCAGAACCUGCCAGCUCUGCUACAUGGGGUGUAGGAAUUGCACACAGCAUGAGGGGUUCUAUACCUGUAAGGGCUAAGCCCCUAGACCCUGCCAUCUCUACAGUGGGAGGUGUAGGCAUUACACACAGUGCAAAGGGUCUACACCUGCAAGACCUGAACCCCCAGACUCUACAAGUCCCUCCAUAUGAGGUGUAGGCAUUGCACACAGCACAAAGGGUCUACACCUGCUAGGGCUGAUGCCCACCCCCCCCCCCCCGGGCCUGGCCAGUCCCAUUGAAUGGGAUAUUGGCAUUGCACGCAAUACAAAGGGUCUAUACCUAUGAGGGCUGAGCCCCAGAGGUCCAACCAGCCCUGCUUUAUGGGAUGGAGGUAUUGUACACAUUACAAGGGAUCUACACCUCCAAAGGCUGAGGCCCUCCCCUAGCACACUGGGACCUAGGCAUGCAACAGCUAGUUGGUUGAGUUGUCUGUGUCCCCCUCUCAAAGGCCUGGUGGUGGGUAGAAAUGACCUGCAAGUGCCACAGUGUGUCCAGCUCAUGCAUAGGCUGGCACCUGUCUGGCCUCCCUAACCACUCUGCUUAUAUCCUGGACCUGAGCUUCCUUCUCUGACCUGAGAGUAUUGCAGUAAUGCUUUCUAAGUUGUCUCUGUCCCUGAAACCCAGUCCCUGGAGUGAGGCCCUUGAGGGCCUCAGUCUGUUGAUUGCCUCUCCCUGCCUCAGGCUCCUUCUGAGGCUUGGAGGGAAAGUGCACCUUCAGAACUGCAUGGCUGCCCAUGGGGAAUGGGCCGGCCCAGCACCCCAGCACCAGCACUGUCUUCAGAGAGCCAAACCACUAGGAGAGUGCAAACCGCUCUGUCUCUGGGGCCCAGCCAUCUAGUUCCAAGGCUUGGAGGCAUGCCUCUCUCACAUGAGCACUUCUCUUUGGAGUGAGUAACAGUGACUUUUAAAUUAUUAUUAUUUAAUAUAGUAAUUAUUAUAUCCUCUGCCCCUGCUGCAACAAUUCCCUCUUACUUGCCCCACUCUGAGCAGAGCUGACCAGGGAGGCUCCUCCUUCUUACCCCACCACACACCCUGCUUCCCUGCUUGCUCUUUGAAACCACUAGAUCAAGGUGACAUUGGGAAAGAAAUGAAGCAAGCAAGUCUAGCCACAGCCCUGAAAUGUCUGGAAGCUCUUUUCUCUACCAAACCUGUUCUACACUACGUGGAAAGAUGACCCAACACCUGGGCCAUUGGGUGCAUAUUCCGGGGCUAGGAGGGGGCAUGGUAACAGGCUGGGUGAGCCCCUUGAAGAUCCUUCUCCUGAGGGAGCCACACGAGGACCAGACAGACACGUGCUAUCUUUCUAGCUGUGCAACUGUCUUUCCAGGGGAAGGGUGGCCUACACUGACCUGGUUUGGUUUGAGUGUGUGCACGUGUGUGCGUGUGAGUGCCAGUGUGAGUGUGUGCACGAUGUGCAUGCUGUGCUGGCAUGGUCAGCAUCCAUUUGGGCUUGCCCUCUUUACAGAGCACCAUACAAUGGCUCUUUGGCUCCCUGAGACUCUAGAUCUGGGAUCAUUCAGAUGGGUGCCCUGGUAGGUGUGGGCUGGGGUCUGGGUAGGUAGCAGGCAGGUAUGGAUGCAGGAACUACUGAGCAAGGAGCAGGUCCCCCAGAGCUCCAGGGGUUCAGGAAGCUGAAGGGGGACUGUUUUAAAAGAAAACAUAUUUAUGUGGAUGUGGAUCCCUGGUCCCUCUUGGAUAAUGUAAAUAGCAAAGUUUAUUCUCCUGUGGUUCAGAUGACAACCCAAUUAGUGCCCCAUCCCCAGAAGCUAGUGUGGGUGGCAGUAUGUGAUAGCAAGAGCCAGUCUGGGCUGGAAGGUUUUGGGGUGGGCUGAUGGGUGAGGAGAUGCAGCCCAUUCAUUCUCCACAGACACCUGCACCCACUAGGGUGCCACAUGGCAAACCUGGCCCCCUGCUCCUCAAAAGAUGAGCUCAGUCACUGUUGGAUUUGGGGAAUGAUGUUGGGUCAAAGGAAGGAUUUUUUUAAAAAAUCAAAUAGUAACACUUAGCUUUAUGUCCUGAAUAUUCAGAAAAGUAUUUUUUUAAACAAGGCAGACUGAAAAUAUCUGCUGGCUGGUUUGUUCCUAUAUAAAUAUAUAUUAGAAUGUCUUGCUCAAUGAAGAAGCAACUCUCACGUGCUGGAGCCUCUAUUUAACAUGCUUCUCUUCUGUGGGGCAGAGUGGAAGGAAAGUGCACUGCACAGCCCGUGGAAUGAGCAGGUCUCUCCCUCUCCUCAGUGUCUAUGCUGUGGGCCAGGCAGCCUGGCCUCCUCCCCCCCACCCCACCCCCAGCUUCCCUGGUGAAUCUGGACUCUGAGGCCUGAUUCUGUCUGGGCAGGGGUGGGUGAGACACAGGAGGGUUGCCGUCUUUGUGUGGAGUCUUGUGUGAACCUAUUGAUUUCUCUACCUCAUCUGUGUAGCAAGUAGGUGUGUACCUGAGUGACUGCGGAGAAUGUAUUUAUUUAACAGCUUUGUAUUACAGAACCCAAAACAAAUGGAAACACUAAAUAAAUGUAUUUUAAAUUAUA